AUGGCGGCUUUUAUUAAGCUCGAGGACUCGCCAAUGUUCCAGAAACAGGUGCGAUCUCUGGAACAGACGACUGAUGAACUACGAGAUCGAUGUCAGAAACUAUACAAAGGCUGUAAGAAGUUCGUGGAAGCGCUUGGAGAAUCAUAUAAUGGUGAUACUGUCUUUGCGGAAUCCUUAGAAGCAUUUGGUGGUGGUCUAGAUGAUCCUAUCAGCGUGUCCAUAGGAGGCCCAAUCAUAACGAAAUUCAAUAAUGCAUUGCGUGAGCUUGCUACAUACAAGGAAUUUCUUCGAUCUCAAGUUGAGCAUGUGCUGGUAGACCAAUUAACCCAAAUUAUGUCCGUCGAUUUGCAAGAUGCGAAGGAAUGCCGUCGCCGAUUUGACAAGGCCACAUAUGCAUAUGACCAGGCACGUGAAAGGUUUGCCUCUUUGAAGAAGAGUACACGUGAAGAAGUUGUUACUGAAGUAGAAGAAGAUCUACACAAUUCGAAGUCAGCAUUCGAGAGAAGCCGCUUUAAUCUAGUAAAUGCUCUCAUGAAUAUUGAAGCUAAAAAGAAGUAUGAGUUCUUGGAAUCUUUUAGCGCCAUCAUGGAUGCUCAUCUGAGAUAUUUUAAGUUGGGAUAUGACCUUUUGAGCCAGAUGGAGCCUUUUAUUCAUGAGGUGUUAACCUAUGCACAACAAUCAAAGGAACAGUCAAAUAUUGAACAAGAUAGACUUGCAAAGAGAAUCCAGGAGUUCAGGACAAGAACGGAGUUGGCCAAUUUACGAGCAUCUAGUAACAUGGCAACUUCAACGGGCUCUGUUGGCAUGAAUGGAUUAGACUUGAGUAGUUACAAAAGCAUAGAGGGAAAUGUGCAGUCCACUGCUAAAGGUGAGGUGCAGACAAUAAAGCAGGGGUAUCUUUUGAAAAGAUCUUCUAGCCUGAGGGCAGAUUGGAAAAGGCGAUUCUUUGUACUUGAUAGUCAUGGGAUGUUAUACUAUUAUAGACAAAAAGGUGACAAACGUGGGAGUUCUCCUCCAUAUCAUUCUGCCAACUUAGUGGAACAUAAUAGUCGUGUAUUUGGUAGAUUUCGGCCAAGGCAUGACCGAGCAUCAUCCUUUGUCGAGGAAAGUUUAGGCUGUCAAAUUAUUGAUUUGCACGCGUCAAUAAUUAAGAUUGAUGCUGAGGAUGCAGAUCUGCGCCUGUGUUUCAGAAUAAUCUCACCAUCGAAGACUUACACGUUGCGGGCUGAAAGUGAAGCUGACAGGAUUGACUGGAUGGACAAAAUCACAGGUGCUAUUGCAUCCCUCUUGAAUUCUCAUCUGCAGCAGCUCGGGGAAAACAUGGAUGAAACUAAUGAUUCCACUGGGGCAUCUUUCAAUCAAGAACUUGAUAAUAAUGAAAAUAUGCCAGAUAACAUGAGAGUUAAUCGAGCUGAUUCUGUUUCUAGAAUUCUCAGGGAAAUUCCUGGUAAUGACCAGUGUGCAGAAUGCAGUGCCUCUGAACCUGAUUGGGCAUCUUUAAAUCUUGGCAUUUUAAUAUGCAUAGAAUGCUCAGGCAUUCACCGGAAUCUUGGUGUUCAUAUAUCAAAGGUGAGGUCAGUCACCUUAGAUGUCAAAGUUUGGGAGCCUACUGUCUUGGGAUUAUUUCAAACCCUCGGUAAUGAAUAUUGUAAUUCUGUUUGGGAGGAGCUGCUUUUACGUCAGAAAGAUGGGAAGAUUGAAAUUGAUGCCUUGCCCUCGUCAGUUACAAAACCUAACCCCAAAGAUGCUACACACCAAAAGGAGAAGUACAUUCAAGCAAAGUAUGCUGGGAAAUUGCUAGUAAAUAAAGUUGUUAACGCACCUGGGGAUCGUUCUCACUUCUCGGCUAUCUGGGAAGCAGUUCGGGCCAACAACCUGCGGGAAGUAUAUCGAAUUAUUGUAGCAUCAGAAAUGAAUAUUGUAAACUUAACUUAUGACGAGUUGGUUGGUUCCAAUUCGUAUGAUGGACCAGGGUUGCAAAAAUGCGUUCAUGAUUCUAAAAAGAAACAAUUCGAUCCAGCAUCCUGUGAGAUGAUCAAGUCUUCCAGCAAUCCAGGAAAUUGCCUUCAAGGCUGUUCGCUAUUGCAUCUUGCGUGCCACGGUGGAAAUCUUGUGAUGCUUGAGCUGUUGCUGCAGUUUGGUGCUGACAUAAAUAUGUGUGACUUUCAUGGAAGGACGCCUCUGCAACAUUGCAUAUCUAAAGGAAACAAUCAAUUGGCAAAGUUUUUGCUUAGAAGAGGUGCGAGUGCCUCAAUCAAGGAUGACGGUGGCCUCACAGCUUUGGAAAGGGCUAUGGAGAUGGGAGCGAUAACUGAUGAUGAGCUUUUCAUCUUGCUUAUGAAGAAUGAAUGA